GGCACGAAAGACACCAAAGCCCGCCGCCGUUCCUCCUCCUCCUCUCGCUGCUGCUUCUGCGGCUCCUUUUUCUUCCUCUCUGUCUUUUUUUUUCUCCCCCUUCCAGAUUAUUUUUUUGGUCGGGCUCCAAAGGGCCGCCGGGCCGCCUUUCAUGUGCCGCCCCGCGCCAAUGGGGCCCGGGCGCCUGGCCUGCGCGGGGUCUGCGCUCCAGGAGGCGUCAAUCACGCUCCCGGCUGGGUGAAGGCAGGGCUUUUGUGACCGCCUCUUCUUUCUGUCUUUGGGAAGAAAAAGGAGGAGAAGAAGGAGAAAGAGGAGGAGGAAGGAGGGGGGGAGAGAGAGGGACGAGAUUGAGAGAGAGAAGGGAGCAAGGAAGGAAGGAAGGAGGCUGAGACUCUUUGGAGAGAUUUGGAGACGUUGAGUUGGGCGCUCGCUCAUGGAAGCCGGCUGGGGGUCCCUCCUCGACCCCCUCCAGCUUAGACUCGAAGCACAUGGAUUCCUAAAAGCCGGAGGAACAAGAAGAGAGAGAAAAGGAUCCGAAGCAAAGCCUUCCCGGACGCAGAGCUAGCUCUGAAGCUCGCCUCUCCAAAUUGCGCUUUUUACGCACGAGAAGGAGUCGCGCUUUUACGCACGAGAAGGAGCCGCUCUUUUACGCACGCCAUCCCCACCCCGAGGGGCUAUGAAGCCGCCCCAAACCCCCCACUGACGGCCCGGCAGCCCCUUCCCCAUCCUCCGAGAGCGAUGGGGAAACUCCACUCCAAACACGCCGCCGUUUGCAAACCCCGAGAGAGCCCGGAAGGUGACAGCUUUGCCGUGAAUGCCUCCCUGGCACGCAAAGGACUGGAGGACUGGAUGGUGAGCCAGAAGCACUCCAGCGGAAGCGGUGCCAGCCUCGGAUUGGGGCAAGGUUGCCAGCACCGAGCUCUGGGCAGGUUCGCAGGCUCCAGGGAUGCAGCUGGUGAAGGUUACCGGGAGUCCAUUGAAAACGAACACUUUCAUCUGGAAGUGGCUUUGCCUCCGGAGAAGACAGAUGGAGUUUGCAGUGGUGAUGAAAAGAAAAUGGAAAAGGAGAACGACACACGCGGCGGUGCCAAGAAGCAGCUAAAAUUUGAAGAAUUGCAGUGUGAUGUGUCCGUUGAGGAAGACAACAGGCAAGAAUGGACUUUCACGCUGUAUGACUUCGACAACAAUGGGAGGGUCACGCGUGAGGACAUUACAAGCUUGCUUCAUACCAUCUAUGAAGUAGUUGAUGCUUCGGUCAAUCACUCUCCAAGCUCUAGUAAAACCUUGCGAGUAAAGCUCACCGUGGCCCCAGAUGGGAGCCAGAAAAAGAAAAGUAUUCUACUGAACCAUACUGAUCUACAAAGCUCAAGACACCGAGCAGAGAGCAAAGGCAAUGAAGAACUAAGGAACUGUGAAAAGAGACAGAGGGGUUCCCUCAGGUACCACCAUGGUGAGACCAAGCUUGAACAUAAUGGAUGCUAUCGUCACUGCGUGGAUGAAAACAUUGAAAGGAGAAACCACUAUUUGGAUCUUGCAGGCAUAGAAAACUAUACGUCCAAAUUUGGGCCAGGCUCUCCACCCGUGGCUCAGAAACACAACCCACCCAUCCGCGUUUCCAAUCAAACACGUUCCCGUUCCCAUGAGCCCGAAGUCUUCCAUGCCCACCAACGCAGAUCGCCAGCAGCGGAUCCUGGCCAUGUCAGCUUAAUGGAAGCUUCCUAUGCAAAGCUUGCAGAAAUCCAACAGCGGCUGCGGAGUCAAGAGGCAAACAGGCACUUUGUGAAGUCUCCCAAGGCUCAGAGCAAAACCGCAGCAUCGGCUAACACGGGAAGGGCUGUGCGGAGUAAACCCAUCCAAGGGGCAUCUGUGCCGAUGGCUUCCCCUACCGGGCGGGUUGCUCCAAACCUUCCUUACCUGCCCAUGCAGUCUCAGCAGACUUACAAGAAACACAAGCAGAGAGCGAAAGAGACUCACCAAGUCUGCAAGACCUUCCCGCCUCCCGGAACGGUUCUGGAGAAAGAACAUGUCAGAGACCUGCCUGCGGUCAUCUUGUAUGAAGGCCAAGUGGGACAGAUGAUUCAGAGACACGAACACCACCACCACCAUGAACAUCACCACCACUACCACCACUUCUACCAGACAUGAAGUGGACUCGCCACCGCCUGCUCAAGGACCAUCCUAUAUGAAGGAAGCUCUUUGCCGUCGCUCGGGAAGAACGGCAUCGUUUUCGUUAACAUUGUGGCUACUCCGUUAAUAUUCGCUAGCACCUAUUGUAGGAGUUAUAUGGAAACACUAAAGUUAAUUAUGAUGAUAAUAAUAAUAAUAAUAAUCUAACACUAUUUAUAUUAUGUGGAACUGUAUAACUUACUUUAAUAACUUGUGGAUUUUUUAAAAAAGUUUGGCUUGUUAACAAACAAAACAAUUGGACAUGAAAGAGCAACCAAGCACAGCUCUUGUUCAGGUCGUCCCAUGAAACCCUCUAGUUGUUUAGUGGAGGAUUGGAAGAGUUUGUGGUCCGGGAAGACACACUCUACUGAUCCCUGGAGCUGGCUAACAUUUUCUCCACCCCCUGAUGAACAUCCAUUGAAUAUUUAUGAAUUGGUGUUUCCCCUGCAACUACGCAAAAUGCUCCUAUCUUUGAGUAAGCCCCGUCAGAAUGCCUUCACCAGUAUAGGAGUGGUCUGAACAUCUGUCUCAGGGGUGAUAUGAUGCAUCUUUCCAGAUGUUGACCUGUGAUUUCUAGCAUCCUUCACUACUCUAGCUACAACUCCUAGGACUUGUAGUCAACAACAUCCUACAACAGAAUGUUUGUGCUAUUAUUCCAGUUUAACUUCCAAAACUUUAUCUAGGGUUUGUAGUUUGGUGAGGUACUCCUUGCUAUGUAUCUGAGAAAUCAAAUGCUCAAAAGGCACCAGAUCCCAUCGGAUCUUGGAAGCUUAAGCAAGGUCAGCCCUUUUUAGUCCUGGAAUAGGAGGCUGCCUACAAAUAUGUGGGGACAUAGGUUGUAUUUCAGAGGGAUAAAAACCACUUCUGAAUAUUUCUUGCCUAAGAGAACUCUAUGAUAUUCACAAAGUCACCGUACAUUUACCAGCAACUUGAAGGCAAUACAGACAAAUUGCCAAUCUCAAGAAUCUCUGGGAUGGAAUCAUGGUAGUUGAGUUGGAAUCAUAAUCAAUUAAGUAAUUGAAAUGGACAUUGGAGGACCACUUCUGGUCUGUCCUUCAGCACAAAGAACUCCUCAUGAAGAGCUGGUGGAUACCCAUUGGUAGAGAGACUGGAAGUUAUGACUUCAUCAUACUGGACACGAAUCGCCACAAAUCGUGGCAAAUCCAGUAGUGUCCAUCAGGAGGUGUGAGGAACCCGUUGGCCCAUGUCCCGCAUCGCCCAACUUACAAGAAAUCCCACAUUGAUAGCUUCCCCUCAUUGUUACCAAUGUAACACACAGUGGCAGCAUGUGGCAACAUGGCAGCGGCAUGUGGUGGUUCCUCUUUACUUUGAUGGUGGAGCCACACUGGAAGUAGCUGUACAUCGUGGGAUGGGAGCUGGUGGGCUCCGUUGCAAUAGUAAAGAGGAACUUGUGCAUGAUGUUGAAAAGUAUCCCGUCUAAUGAGGUCGGUAGCCCCGUUGUUGGGCUGGUCUGUCCAUACCUCCAUUAAACACACAGAGGGGUUUGUGUGAAGGCAACAGUUGUGAGCUGGGCAAUGAAGGCAUUAGCACACUUUCUAAUGCGUAUCCGUUUCUCUGUGGUACUAGAAGAGCUGCUUUAAACAAUAUGGCUAGAUACCUAGUCCUCUUCAGCUGUUGGCUUACUGCAAACAAGCCAAUUUCCAGAAGAGCCAUGUUCAAGGGUUCUGGAUGUCGGCGAUACAAACAUCUGCUACCUCUAGUAUAAUUCAGAACUUCUUAUUGAUUGUAUUGGGCUACUAGGGGUUAGGGAGAGGCGGAUUGGGAUGAGGUGCAGGAAGUUUUUACUCAAUUGCAUUCAUAUGGCAGGCCUAUGCUCCCACCGCCUUGCAAGCUAUAACCUAAUAUUAAUGAUUAGGAUAUAAUGAAGUACAUUUGUCAAAAGAACUACAUAUUUCAAUUGGUUUCCCCUUUCAAACUUCUUUUUCUUUUAAACUGACUUCUUUGGGAUCUGGCUCUAUCUAUUGGGUUGUGUGUGUGUGUGUGUGGCGAAGUGUAUUAAAGCACUGAGCUGCUGAACUUGCAGACCGAAAGGUCCCAGGUUUAAAUCCCAGGAGCGGAGUGAGCGCCCGCUGUUAGCUCCAGCUUCUGCCAACCUAGCAGUUCGAAAACAUGCCAAUGUGAGUAGAUCAAUAAGUACCGCUCUGGCGGGAAGGUAACGGCGCUCCAUGUCAUCAUGCCGGCCACAUGACCUUGGAGGUGUCUACGGACAACGCCGGCUCUUCAGCUUAGAAAUGGAGAUGAGCACCAACCCCCAGAGUCAGACAUGACUGGACUUAACGUCAGGGGAAACCUUUACCUUUACCUUACACCCACACACACACACACACACACACACACACACACACAUAUAUAUACACACAUACAUACAUAUAUACACACACACACACGUACAUACAUACACAUAUACAUAUACAUACACAUAUAACCCAAUGUAUAGACCCAGAUCCCAAAGAAAUCAGUUUAAAUGAAAAUGAAGUUGGAAAAGAAUGCAUAUAUAUAUGCUUUCCUUUUGGCCAUUAUGGAUUGGAAAAUAUUUGACAGGGCAUCCUUCAGUUACCAUCAAGUGACAGCGCUAUGGAAACCUGGUAGAGUUGUGACACCAGAAGAUUAAGACCACCCUAGAAUUCACUAGGAAUGGGUUUUUUGGUGUCUUCUCCUUUCAUUCCCAGGAUUGAUUCCAUAAACCUUCAAUGAACUGAGUUCUUUUUCUUCCCCAUUUGUUAUCUACUGGUGGCAUCAUCAGAUGUUUCCACUCAUUCGUUUGAAGUUCCUACUCAAAGUUUUUAAAAGUUACUUUUUGGGGUAUGAAUCCUUGAAUCUUUAAAUCAGAAGGAGCAGAUGGAUGGACUGGCUGAAGUAUUCUGGGAAUUGUAGACCAAAAAAGUAACAUAUGCUUGGUUCCUCUUGCGCUCCUCUUCUCACAGGGCCAAGCUGGCAGAUACCCUUCUUACAGCACCAUCUUGAGAAGAAAGAAGUACAAGAUUGCAUUGUAGUGUUAUCCCAUAAUUGUUAGUAACCUCGGCCAUAAUAUAGCACAAAAACAUCAAAAGCAAACUUUUAACAAUUCAUUUUAAUUUUUUUUAAGUUCUCAGAUUGUAGACAAAACAUAUUUUUCUUCUUCCAUUAAAAAAAUCAAAUCACCCCAUUCCAUUCCAAAUAGGCACACUCAGUCUUGUUGGAUUUUGAAAGUUAAGAAAGGAGAUACCUGGUUAAUCCUUAGGUUAGAAACCACCAAGGAAUUCCCAGAACCUCUAGGAACCAUUUUUGACAUAAUUGGGAGCUGAAGUCCAAAACAUCUGGAAGACCAGAGUUUGGGAAGCAAUUGGAUCAGAUGAACCAAUUCUUUGACUCACUGUAAGGCAGCUUUUUGUGGUCCUAAGACUGAGAAGGUCAGUCACUGUUGGACAUCAGAAAUGGACCUGAAAUAAGAAGAGCAAAGAACGGGGAAUCUAAAAUUUCCUGUUGGGGUUAGCAAGUGGAGAACGUCCUUAGAAGUUCUAGCUAACCUUCUGGAGAUCUUUCCCUAUGUCUUCGUCUCUAGUGCCUUGGUUCCUAGAUGAUGAUGGACUUCACAUCCAUAGCCAGUCGACAAGGAUACUAGGAUACUAUCAUUGUAAUGGGAGUUAGCCAAGGGAUCGGGUCCAUGUUCUUUUUGGAGAAACUACCAGGCAUGAAGUCCUUGGCGUAGUGGGAAGACAAGUGGAGUCUUCUAACCCAAAAACUAGGAUUACGUUCAUUUGAAACUUUCAAAGGAAGUUCUGAUGACUGUAUGUGGAAGAAUUCCCCUGCCCAAAGAAAGACAUUUGGUUUUGCUUUCAGUUUCUUUUAUGUUUUUACGGUUUUGUUUUGUUUUUGUUUACAUUAUUGUCCCUUCUUCUUCUGUACAUAUAUUGGAUGCUGUGUGCAAACAGUGCAUAAUGUUUCUAUCAUCUCAAAAAAGCAGAGUUGCCUUUCUAAAGGAGGUACAGUAGAGUCUCACUUAUCCAACAUAAACGGGCCGGCAGAACGUUGGACAAGCAAAUAUGUUGGAUAAUAAGGAGAGAUUAAGAAAAAGCCUAUUAAACAUCAAAAUAGGUUAUGAUUUUACAAAUUAAGCACCAAAACAUCAUGUUAUACAACAAAUUUGACAGAAAAAGUAGUUCAUUACACAUUAAUGCUAUGUAGUAAUUACCGUAUUUACGAAUUUAGCACCAAAAUAUCACGAUGUAUUGAAAACAUUGACUACAAAAAUGUGUUGGAUAAUCCAGAACGUUGGAUAAGUGAGAUUCUACUGUAUGAUGUAUGAAUUCCACAAAGGUGUUGGUUAUAUGAAGCCAAUAAAUAAAAGACCAGGUUGUAUUGUGGAUUGAGAGUAGUAGAACCAACACUUACUGUUAAUAGGAGCUAAUUCAUGUUUUAAAAAUACCGUAAGAAUGAAAAAAAUCAGCUCUUUUUGCCUGUUUCCAUUCUAUCGACGUUCAGCUGACAGACAAAAUGUUUUAAAAGUGUGUCAUACCUUUUAAAAUCCUAAAGUUAAAAUAUAUAGAUAUAGAUAUAUAUGCACACUGUUUUCUGUAUGGGAAACGGGGAAGGCGAAAAUUGGCUCGCAGCUUCUUUACGUACCACUGAGUUGUUUUAAGUCGAAAAACCUGAUUUUGCUGCUUGUGUUCUAAAACCCUUAUUUUUUUCUCCAGUGUAUAUAUAAUCAUGGACUGCAAAAAAGGGGCAUUUUACAUGCCUUGUAGAAGGAAUAAGCUUAUUUAUAUGAUAGUGUUAAACAAAGUCUGAUGUAUUACCGUGAUUUCCGUUAUACUGCAUGCAACCCCAUGAGUGUAACACAUUCCAUUGGAAAAUAGAUGCCAUGCCGUUUAGUUCCUGAGAAAGUGAUUCCUUAUUUCUUCGUUCACCCCCCUUUUUUUUUUACUUUUUUCCCAACCUUUUUCACAUUCAUCUGGGUCACUUGAACAAAACUGGAAGACAGAUAUCUCCUGCUCUCCAAAAUUUCACCAUGAAAUAACAUCAGAGUGUGGUUUUGGUGCCUUCUUCUUUUGAGUUUCUAAGGAAACUUAGGACAGAGGGCAAAAGUGGAUGAAGGAGAGAUAAAUUGGGAUAUUAUAAAAACAGCUGAAAGAGUGGAAUGACUGUUCUUGCCAAAUAAGGACAGUUGGGGAGUUUGGUAUCUUUCUGCCUAGAGGCAAUGAGAUCUGAUUAUGAAGAUACUGCAUCAUGAUAUUAAUGUGUUUCGGAGUCUUUGAUCAACAUCGGCCCCAAUAUCCUUCCUUGCACCUCUGAAUGAAACCACGUGAUUCAAUUGAA